UUACAUUACACAUAACACAGCACAUAGAGAGAAGACAACUUUAGCCAAAAACAAAAGCAUGGGUUUACUAUGGUGGCGAAAGGGGAAUAAACCCCAAAUCCAAGAAAAUUCCCAACCAAACCCAUCCUCCUCGAUUCUCAAAUCCAAUGCCGCAGAUACAACAAAACUCCUCGCUGAGGCCACAGGCAUGAACGGCGCCGUCGAAGUUCCCCGACCACCCAACGCCGCCGUGUCGAUUUUCGAGUUCGGCUCCGUCGCCGCCUCCAACGACAAGGUCACGCUAGCCGGCUACUGCCCCGUAUCAGAAGACUUCGAGCCCUGCCGCUGGGAGAUCCUCCCAGCAACUCAGUCCAACGCGCCUCAGUUUCGCGUAGUUUUUUGAUCUCAUCUCUCUCUUCUACUUCUUCUGCUUAUGCUUACGGGAUUCAAUUUUAUCUACUUUUUUCUAUAAAAUCACCUAAAUUCUCCUAUCUCUUGUACCUUUUUCCAUCUUUCUUUUCCUUUCGUCUUAUUUGCUAACAUUGAUGGAUGCAUGAAUGCCAUAUAUUCUGAGAUUCAUGAAUUCUCCCUUCUCAUUUUGGGUUAACUGUUUGUAAUAAAAAAAUUCCAAUGGAGUUAGGGUCCCAUCAUACAUA